UACUGAAUAUGACAAAAUAGCAGCUAUGUGUGGCACACUACUUGCUCUAAUUUCACUUAUAUAAUAUAACUCAUAGUUUAUAACAUGUAACAAGAUCCCAUCACAGCAUGCUUGCUUGAAUUUGAGUGUCUUGCACAAUUCUCAUAUACAACAAGGAACUAGUGAUCAUUAUACACACAAGUGAAGUGAAGAUGGCCAUCAAAGAGGAUGAGGAAUAUGGGGCAGAGAAAGGAAUCAGAGAGCCACUUGUGGAGGAACAGAACAAGCAGCUGAACCAAGGAAGCAAAGGGCAUCCAUGGAUUGUUUACUUCACUACAUUUGUUGCAGUUUGUGGCUCUUAUGCAUUUGGGGCUUGUGUUGGAUAUUCAUCUCCUACUCAAGAUGCUAUCAGGGAGGAUCUCAAUUUGUCUUUGGCAGAGUACUCUUUGUUUGGCUCCAUCUUGACUUUCGGAGCAAUGAUAGGUGCAAUAACAAGUGGGCCUAUCGCUGAUUUUAUGGGACGAAAAGGGGCAAUGAGAGUGUCAAGUGUUUUCUGUGGUGCAGGGUGGCUUGUUAUUUACUUUUCUAAGGGCCCAGUGCCUUUGGACAUUGGGAGGCUAGCAACAGGAUAUGGAAUGGGAGUUUUUUCAUAUGUGGUUCCUGUCUUCGUAGCCGAAAUUGCACCAAGAGAGCUCCGUGGGGCACUGACUACCUUAAAUCAGUUCAUGAUUGUUAGUGCAGCGUCAGUGUCAUUCAUAAUUGGAAAUGUAAUUUCAUGGAGGGCUUUAGCAUUAAUUGGUCUCAUUCCCACUGCUGUAUUGCUUUUGGGUCUGUUUUUCAUCCCAGAGUCUCCAAGAUGGCUGGCAAAGAGAGGGUGUGGAAAAGAGUUUGUAGCAGCAUUGCAGAUACUUCGCGGCAAAGAUGCUGACAUAUCGCAAGAGGCGGAGGAAAUUCAGGAUUAUAUAACAACUUUAGAAGGGCUCCCAAAACCCAAGCUGCUGGAUUUGUUUCAGCGAAGAUAUUUGCGCUCACUCACGAUUGCAGUGGGACUUAUGGUCUGCCAGCAAUUAGGAGGAAUCAAUGGAGUUGGUUUUUAUGCUAGUAGUAUUUUUCAGUUAGCAGGAUUUUCUACCACCAUUGGGACUAUAUCAAUUGCUUGCCUUCAGAUUGUGGUCACUGGUGUAGGAAUAGCCUUCAUAGAUAAAGCUGGCAGGAAGCCGCUGCUACUGUUAUCUGGAUCAGGGUUGGUUGCAGGAAGUAUAUUAACCGCGGUUGCAUUCUAUCUUAAGGCUCAGGAGAUUAGUGUUGGAGCUGUCCCAGGACUCGCUGUAACUGGCAUACUGGUCUAUGUAGGAUCAUUUGCAAUAGGAAUGGGAGCAGUUCCAUGGGUUGUGAUGUCUGAGAUAUUUCCUGUCAAUAUUAAAGGGCAAGCUGGAAGCUUAGCCACUUUAGUGAACUGGUUUGGGGCAUGGUUAUGUUCCUACACUUUCAACUUUCUCAUGAGCUGGAGCACUUAUGGUACCUUCAUUCUUUAUGCUGCGAUCAAUGCACUAGGUAUAUUAUUUAUAGUUGUGGUGGUGCCGGAAACCAAGGGUAAAAGCCUGGAACAAUUACAAGCAGCCAUUAAUGCGUAGGAAGCAGAGUUUAGUAGUUUGCACUGUGUGCUGGCCACCAGCGGAGGAAGUAGAGUUUUGGACCGUGGCUUAAUAGACAGAGGCAACGGUUUCUCACUGAGACAUAAGUUUGACAAAAUAUUCCACGGUUGAGUAACUGUUGCCUGUUACCUGUUUAGGCAUGUGUGGGAAAGAAAAAAAAGAAGCAAGUUCAUGAUUGAAUUGUUGUAUUUUUUUUUCUCUAACAUAAAUCAAUUCAUUAGAAUAUUUUUUAUUAAUAUUAA